ACUUGGGAGUAUCUUACCGACGAUAUUCUUUACAAGAAGCGGCGAGAAACUGGACGACCUGAUAUGAACUUGACCAUAGAGCAGAUCAAAAAUAUUGCUCUUACUGAGAUCGAAAAUCAUUUGCUCAGCAAUGGUCGUAGCCUCAAGAAAUGGCCCCACAUGCCAAAGCCAGAAAAUUUUGGAGAUUACAACGGCAAUCGCCUUAUAGAUGAUGAGCUUAAUUAUGUUGUGGAAGAUCAGCUAAAGGAAAAUGAAAGACUUAUGGCGAUGAUAACAGAUGAGCAAAGAGGGGUAUACGAACAGAUUCUGGAUGCAGUUUUAAAUGAUAGCGGUGGAGUGUUCUUUCUUUAUGGUUAUGGAGGCACAGGAAAAACCUUCGUAUACAGAGCACUCUCGUCAGCUAUCCGAUCUAAAGGUAUGAUUGUUCUAAAUACCGCAUCAAGUGGAAUUGCAGCAUUGUUGUUGGAAGGAGGUAGAACCGCACAUUCCAGAUUUGGUAUUCCGAUAGAUGCAGACGAAUUCAGCACUUGCAAGAAAAUGGAGCCAGGAUCAGAUCGUGCAGAAUUAGUUAAAGCGGCAAAGUUAAUUGUAUGGGAUGAGGCGCCUAUGAUGAGCAGACACUGUUUCGAGACGUUGGAUCGCACUAUGCGUGAUAUUAUAAGAUCUUGUGAAGAUAAACCUUUUGGGGGUAAAGUUGUUGUUUUCGGUGGAGAUUUCAGACAGAUUUUACCGGUUAUACCUGGAGGUGGUAGAGCAGAGACUGUUUUGGCGGCUCUGAAUUCGUCAUAUCUUUGGGAGCACUGCAAAGUUCUGAAGCUAACAAAAAACAUGAGAUUGCUGGCUGGUCUUACUGAUGAUGCAGCAAAAGAGCUUGAAUCCUUCUCAAACUGGAUUUUGGAUAUAGGAGAUGGAAAAAUAAAUUUGCCUAACGACGGUCAAGUUGAGAUUGACAUCCCUUCUGAUUUGCUGAUACAAAAUAGUGGAGAAGACCCUAUUGAGACUAUGGCAAAAGAGGUUUAUGGACAAGCUUUUCAAACUUCAACAGAUAAGGAUUUGUAUAGACAUCGAGCCAUUCUUACUCCCACAAAUGAUGAAGUGGAUAAAAUAAAUGACUACAUGCUUUCGCAGUUGCCAGGUAACAUGUUUUAUCAUUUAUUCUUAUGUUCAACUAACUUUGUACAUAUCACUAAACAAACGGAUUUACAUAUGCUUUCAGGAGAAGAGAAGGUUUACCUUAGCUCUGACAGUAUUAUCCCAUCCGAUGUUGACAUAGAAGAAAAUGUCGUAUAUCCUGCAGAGUUUUUGAACAGUGUUAAAGUGGCUGGACUGCCUAGACAUUGCUUGAAGCUCAAGGUUGGUGCUCCUAUCAUGUGUCUUCGUAACAUGGAUGUUGCAGAUGGUUUAUGUAAUGGUACUAGGCUAAUUGUUACUCAGUUACUGCCCCAUGUGAUAGAAGGUAGAAUUAUAACCGGAAACAAAAUUGCUGGACAUCCGGUUUGGAUCCCUAGAAUGUUUGUCACACCACCUGACACCAAGUUCCCCUUCAGAAUGCGUCGAAGACAGUUUCCAGUUACUUUGGCUUUCGCGAUGACCAUCAACAAAAGUCAAGGUCAAACACUGGAAAGUGUUGGGUUGUUUCUGCCUAGGCCAGUGUUCUCUCAUGGUCAGCUCUACGUUGCACUUUCAAGAGUUAAGUCGAGAUCUGGAUUGAAAAUCCUAAUAACUGGUAAAGAAGGGAAAACGCAGACAAAAACGUUGAAUGUUGUCUACAAACAAGUUUUUCAGAAUAUUCCAUAGUCACGGUAUGUAAUUUUAAUCUACUUUAUUUUCAAAUACAAAAUUUUAAGUAUAUAGUCUGUUACAAUUAUUUACUUUUUGUAUUUUCCAGAUGGGUAGUGAUGGGUUAGGAACUGAUUGUAUUCAGGAGCAUCCCGUUUUCUGACUAUUUCGAUGAAAGUAUGUCUACUUUAAUAUUAUUUCAUGUUAACUUUUAUUUUCUUACUUAUAAAUCUGUAAAAUAAUGUUCAUCCGACAAAUUACUUAUAAUAUUUAUUUAAUUUUUUGCAGGUUUCUAAAUUAUUUUGCAUUAUUUUUCGACAAUUGUACUUCAUAAUUUAUAUUUUUAUGGAUAAUUUUUUGAUUUUUUUUUAAUAUAUUUUCUUUAAC